GUUCCACGUGUUUCGCGAGGUUAGCCCAUUGCUUAUUGCCCGCUUCAAAGUCUUCAAAGUCUCUCUCCUGUAUCUGGACCCGCUUCUAUUGAUUGCUUGAUGAGGAUAUGAUAAGUCCUGUGAUUAAAUCGCAAAUAAUCAAUCACUGCAAAACAAGUAUCGUUCUAAAUCUGCAAAUCUAAGAGUCCACUGUACGGAAUCUCGUAAUUCUCCAAGAUGUUGGAUUUUAGUAAAAUGAACCGUGGAGAGAUUAUCUUAUUAGGAUGUGGAUGUUGUGUAUUGCUCACAAUACAUUUCACGAUACAACUUCUAUCACAGCAUCUGUUUUACUGGAAAACCCCUAAGGAGCAGAAGGCUAUUAUUGUCAUUAUCCUCAUGGCUCCCAUAUAUGCUGCUGUGUCUUUUGCGGGUCUGAUGGAUUUUCGUGGCAGCAAGGCAUUUUUCAUGUCUUUAGAAUCGAUCAAGGAAUGUUACGAGGCUUUGGUUAUUGCUAAGUUUAUGGCAUUGAUGUAUAGUUACUUGAAUAUAUCUAUGAGCAAAAGUAUUGUGCCCGAUGAAAUAAAAGGAAGAGAAUUCCACCAUUCAUUUCCAAUGACAUUAUUUCAGCCUCACACUGUACGCCUGGAUCACCAUACACUGAAGCUUCUGAAGCAGUGGACAUGGCAGUUUGUCAUGAUUCGCCCAGUAUGCUCCCUCUUAAUGAUAGCAUUACAACUUGUCGGGUGGUACACCAACACUAUCAGCUGGAUUUUUACCAUCAUCCUCAACGUUUCAGUAUCACUGGCUCUAUAUUCUUUGGUGGCCUUUUACCAUGUCUUUGCUAAGGAACUUGAACCACACAAGCCGCUGGUUAAGUUCUUGUGUGUUAAAGGCAUCGUCUUCUUUUGCUUUUGGCAGGGUAUUGUGCUUGAGAUGUUGGUUGCGGCGGGGAUUAUUCGAUCUCGUCGUGCCUGGUUGGAUGUUGAACAUAUCGAGGAAGGAAUCCAGAAUGUGUUGGUGUGCUUAGAGAUGGUUGUGUUUUCCGUUCUUCAACAGUAUGCCUACAACGUCCAACCUUACAGUGGAGAUGUUGGUAAAUGGAAAGUGAAGAAGAAUGACUAAUGAGAAUAACCAACAUAUAUGCAGAUGAAUUGUGGUUGUAUGACCUGUAUUUUGAGUUUUGAAGUGAGAUACAUAUUGCUGAUCAUAUGAUAUACUUUGUAUAACCUGUUGUUAAGUAAUAUGAAUGAAUGGGUAAAUUAGUUUAGUUAUCUUAUGAACUACUACGUAUGUAUUAGACCAAUAAAGAUGCCUUAACAGAUGUUAAAAGGCAGGAAAUUAGUGAAUGUUGUCAGGUACUGCUGCAAUUUUUUUACAGGCCAGAGGCUUAGUAAUUUUGAAUUAUGUGCUAGAGAUUUAUAAAA